UUGAAAGAUGGCGUCUGGACUCCUGGAGCCUCCUGAAGGAGGAGAACAGCUCUGUGUGUUCCUGCUGAGAGACGAAGAGGAGGAGGAGGAGGAGAGGAUGAGAAGGGAGGUGGGCUGUCAGUGGGAGAGUCCAGAGGAGGAGAGGAAGGAGGUGGGCUGCCAGAGUGACUCAGCAGAGAGGAGGGACGCUGCCGUUCAGGUGGACCUGCUGACUCAGCAGCUGAGCUGGAGACACACAGGCUCGUCUGCGAUGCUGCUGCAGUGUUUUGCUGUUAGACCUGAUGGACCAGGCGGUGGCGCUCUACUGCAGCACUGCACCACCAACCGCACCAGAACCAGAACCAUCAAACCCGCCAUCAGACAUUCCCCCAAACCCACCCAGUCCAGGUCCAGGUCCAAGAGGAGACCGCCUCCUCCGAGCUCAAACACCACCAGGCGAAAUCCAACUCAACGUCGCCACCGCCGUGCGUUGCCUGUCUCCGACCUCCAACAGGAGGAGGAGGAGGAAGAGGAGGAGGAGGAGGAGGUGGUGGAGGAGGACACAGGUGAUCCCACCUGGACUCCAGCUGAGGGAAGUGUGGACUCUCACCCGUCUCCUUCGGGUCUGGAGGAUGUCCAGCUGGACUUGGAGUCCCAGCAUGCACCUCUUUGCGCGGUGAAGCUGGAGCCCGGCAGCACUAUGUGUGACGUUUGUGGUAAAGUGAUGAAGAACAAGUCGAGUCUGGCGCGACACUCCUUCAUCCACACGGGGAAGAAGCCGUUCGCCUGCCACCUGUGCGACCUGCGCUUCAACCGCCGCGACAACCUGCAGCACCACCUGAGCCGGCUGCACCCCAACGGCGUCGCCAAGCUGGAGAAGCAGCGCGAGGUGACGGCGUGGCUGUGCGCCGUCUGCGGUAAAACCUUCAGCUGCAGGUCCCGCCUCAAAACACACGAGGUCAUCCACUCGGGGGUGAAACCUCACCGCUGCGACCUCUGCCCCAAAUCCUACAUGAGGACCAACGACCUCGAGCACCACAAGAAGAUCGUCCAUGUGGACGGCGCCGCGGAACCUCAGCGCUCCAGCUCGCUGCUCUGCGACCUCUGCGGCAAAGAGUUCAAAUGCCGGUCGCAGCUGGCCGUCCACUUCCAGACUCACACGGGAGAGCGCCCGCACCUCUGCGACAUCUGUGGCCGCAAGUUCGGCCGUCAGUACCAGCUGAAACGCCACAAGAUCCUGGUCCACGCCAACCGAGUGAACGCUGAGGACAGCCUGCCGCCCGACGCUCCGUUUGCCUGCGACGUCUGUGGGAAGCGGCUGAAAUCCGAGGCGCUCCUCGCCGCCCACUCCCGCAUCCACUCGGGCGACAAACCUCACCGCUGCAGCAUUUGUCUGCGCAGCUUCCAGCGCGCCACCUGCCUGAAGCAGCACCACGUACGCGUUCAUCUGAAGGUCAGAGUGAACGAGGUGCCGCACGCCAUCGGACGCAGGAGGAGCUCGGUGGCGGCGAGGGCGUUCCCGUGCACGAUCUGCAGCAAAGUUUUUAAAUUCAAGUCCCUGCUGGCAAGCCACACGCUGAUCCACAGCGAGCUGCGACCGUACGGCUGCGACUUCUGCAGCCGCAGCUUCAGACGCCUCAGCCACCUCAAGAGACACCGCGAGGUCGUCCACGCCAACAGAGAGCGCCCGCCGCAGAGCUUUGU